AUGUGCAUUGACUAUCUCUGCGAAAUUGAAUGCUCGGCAGUAGAGGAUCAGGGUCCCCUGGAAUACAGCACCACCACCGGCACCGGCACCAAAAUUCAGUCUCAGUGGCUGGAAGAGGUGCUGCAAUCCCAGUCAAAAUCACUCGUCCCCAUAAGCUUAACCUUCAACCCCUCUCAGAUCCUCCACCUCAAUAGGCUCUACGUGCCAUCGCUAAAAUGCACUUCAUUCGAGACCUUGGCAUCGCACACAUGGCGAUUAUGGAUUCAGUCCCUAUGCCCACCACUAUCUCUGAAGAUAAAGCUCCUGUUCUCUGUGAACUUAAGGAAAAGAUUGACGCCAAAGCUACCAACGGGUUACUAUGGCAAUAGGUUCGUGCUAGGGUGUGCUGAGACGACGGUGAGGGAAUUGGUGGGAACUAACUACCCUAACAUCCACCAUGGAGUGAAACUGGUGCAAGAAGCCAAGGCGGUGCUCACAGAAGAAUAUGUGAGGUCCAUGCUCGAUUAUCUAGAGGAGCGACGUGUGAAACCAGACCUGUCCAUGAGUUUCGUAAUAUCUCAAUGGGCGAAACUAGGGUUAGAGAAUUUGGAUUUUGGGGAAGGGAUGCCCAUCGACAUGGGUCCCUUAGCUAGUGAGAUCUACUGCAUUUUCUUGCCGCUCGUCGGCGACUUGGAUGGGGUUCGUGUAACGGUGUCGGUAUUAGAGAGUGUUGUAGAGAAAUUGGGGUGUCCCCAACAAUUAUAA